AUGAUCUUAAUAGAUACAGGGGCCACGCACAACUUUAUUGAUCAGAAGUUAGUUGCGAGGCGUGGGUUACAGUCUGAGGUGUUUGAUGGUUUUAGAGUGAAGGUUGCAGAUGGUGCAGUUUUGGGCUGUACUAAGUGGAUUCCACAACUUAGCAUUCAAAUGGGGGAUUAUACCUUGACAGAUGACUUCUAUGUGCUACCCUUGGAGGACUAUGAUGUGAUUUUAGGCAUGCAGUGGUUACAGGCUUCAGAUGGUGGGCCUAAAGAGGUGUCUUUGCAUAGGAUGGAGUCUAUCAUUAGAUAUGAUGAUGUGAUUUGGGCUACACGUUGUUUUGUGAAGUCUAAGACACCUACACCUCAGGAUGGCAAGGCAUUUCAUGUUGAUAUUCAGUCGAUUAUGGACCGACAUGGCAGAUUUUUUGGUGACAUACCUCCUUGUGUACCUCCGGAUAGUGGGUUUGAGCAUGGGAUAGAGAUGGAGGAUGGAGCUAAGCCAGUAAUUACCACUCCAUAUCGUCAUCCUAGAGUAUAUAAGGAUGAGAUUGAGAAGACUAUUCAUGAGCUGUUGGACAUGGGCUUCAUUCACCCUAGGUCUAGUCCCUUUGCUUCUUUUGUGGUGCUUGUGAAGAAGAAGGAUGGGACACUGUGGAUGUGCAUGGGCAUAAGGGCAGUUUUGGUGCAAAAUAGAGAUCCCAUUGUUUACGAGAGUAGGAAGCUACAAGAUAAUGAGAGGUUGUAUUCUACAUAUGAUAAGGAAAUGUUGGCUAUUAUGCAUGCAUUAUCCAAAUUCAGACAGUAUCUUAUUGGCAGCAUACUCGUGGUAAGAACUGACCACAAUAGUUUGAAAUAUUUCCUUGAUCAGACAGAGCUCAAUGAUCCUCAGCAAAAAUGGGUAAGCAAGAUUCAGGCUUAUGAUUUUGACAUUGAAUUCAUUAAAGGAAAGAAUAAUACUGUUGUUGAUGCACUUUCUAGAAGACCAUCACUUGCUGCCCUAUGCUCAUUAAGUGAGAUUUCAGCAGAUUGGAAGUCUCAACUUUUAGUUGAGUAUUCCAAAGAUCAGCAUGCUUAUGAGGUCAUGGAUGGAUUGGUACUGGAUGACAAGUACAAUGUGGUUGGUGAUGUCAUCUACUACAAAAACAGGGUAUAUCUUGUUCCUGGUUCUCAGUUGAAGGAACAGAUUUUGCAUGCUUACCAUGAUACUCCUACAGCAGGACACCCAGGGGUACUCAGACAUGUUGGAGAGGUUGCCUAUGAGAUUGAGAUACCACCUGACAGUCGGAUUCAUAAUGUGUUCCACGUGUCCUAUCUGAAAAAGGCAUUGGGGCAACAUAUUGUAGCAUCCCCUGAUCUACCUCCCUUGGAUGAGGAAGGUAAGUUGAAUUUGGUUCUUGAGGAGAUCAUGGAGGUGAGGGAAUGCCAAAUGAGAAGCAGGGUAAUUCAAGAGUACUUGGUCCGCUGGAGGGGUCUCCCUAUAGAGGACGCCACUUGGGAGGGAGAGGCUAUUUUGCAGCAUCCAGCAUUACAGUUGCUUGCAGUUUGUGGGCCAUUGGGAGCAGUUCCUUGA